UGGGGUCCGUGGAGGUAACAUGGGGUUUGUUUUGGUGAAGGUGGCUCCCCUUUUGUAAAAUAUCGGCAUGGAGAUUGAGUGACCCUCCUCUCUGGGCAAAACAAGCUCACAAUAUUGUCUCAUAAAGGGAGGACAGAUUGUCUGUGAGGAUGUCCCGACCUGUCCGGCUCCUGUCCCUGCUGUCCAGACUCGGUGCUCUGACAGUGAUGCCCUCGGUCUCUGUUAACGGCUGUCGAUUUGCUAGCAGAGGGGCCAGUAGGACAUGGAGGGGACAGAGUCAUGAUGUCCUCAGGGACAGAGCAUCAGACAGAUACAGCCAUGAGAUGUCUGAUGAACGCGAACUGGAGGAUUUGGAGGAAGUAGAAGACAAGCUACAGGCUUUGGUUGAGGAGGGGAGGAAAAGGCAGAGGACUGUGAAAUAUCACAUACUGAGAAGACAGAUGACUCCAGCAGGAGCGCCACAGAGGAAGCUGACAUGGGCUGCUAUUGAGCAGAUCAGGUAUCUGAAGCAGGAGCAGCCAGAGGAGUGGACAGUCCAGCGUCUGGCUGAGGGCUUCUCUGUCACCCCUGAUGUCAUCCUGAGAGUCCUCAGGAGCAAGUUUGUUCCCACUGCGGAGAGACAAGUUGCGCAGGAUGCCAAAGUAAUGGCUGAACUCAGUCAGCAGGUGCUGGCCUCAGGUGCUGGGACAGGGCAGGACAGGCUGAAACUGCCUGGAAACCGCACAGCAGCUGCACUUCCACCUGGAGGUAGUAAAGGCGCAGUGGUGCCUGUUGCUGCAAAGACUUUGAUGCUUCGAGGUGAGGGCUCAGGAGCCCUGGACAAGAGUCCCGCCCCUGUUACUCUUCUGCCCACCCAGUUCAGAGCCGGUAUCAGUAAAGAUGUCCCCAUGACGAGAUCAAAAGAAGAGGACAGCACUUUUAACACAGAUCCUACAGAGGAGGACGAAGAGGACGAGGAGGACGAGGAGGACGAGGACAGCUGGGAUGGACGGCUGUUUACUGAAGAAGAGCUUGAAGAGUUUAUGGAAAUGGAAAAGCCAAACCCUGUGGUGCAAGUUGGGAAUGACUUUUUUGAUGCACAGGGCAACUUUUUGUAUAGAAUCUGAGGAUUUCCCAUGUCCUGUCAUGUCCAGGUUGGACAUCUUAUAGUAAUCUGCUCAGUGACUUUCUGAACAGAUUAUUACUGAAGAGCCUAAAUAAAAUAAUUUCAAACUGUUUUUGUCAA